AUGAACUUUCCACCAGAAUCAAAUGGUAGUCCGUGGAUAUCUUCAGGCUCAUCUGCACUUACUGGUGGGCUAAUUCCUGUCGGUAGUAAUAACAAACCCGCUGGAAAACUUGAUUUGGAUUUAGAAGACGAUUUUGCUGAUAUUCUUGGUCUGGGCAGUGAUAGCAGUAAGAAUAAAACUUCAAGAAGGUCCAAGCCAAGUACACCCAGCUAUGUUGCAGAAACUGUCCCAUCAGUCAAAGAUAUCGCUCCAUCUGGCCACACUUUAACCCAUGAUAUACCACAAUCAAAAUCAUCUAUGCCACGAACAACAGUAAAACCCAUGACUAUAUCAGCCAUGCCAAAACCGGCAUCUAUAAACAACAGUGGUGGCUUUUUACAUGAACAUCCAUCAGUACCAACCAACAAACUGGCAAGCCAAAAAAAUGACAAUGAUGACUUGAAUAACAUUCUAUCGUCAUUACAAGACAUGGAUGAUAUGGAUUCGCAACUAUUUGGAAAACCAAAGAAUAGCACUAGUGCUAGCAGUGGAAGGCGCGCUGGUUCAGCAAGUGCUCAAUCUGCCAUAAAGGAGUCUUCAUUUCGAACAGAACUAAUCAAAGAUUCCGUUGAAAUAAAACCAUCAACCCCUUCUUGGAACUCCUCCACCAUACUUGGCACAACUAAUCCCGAAGAUACAGAAACAACAAAAGGCAAAUCGUUUUUAAACCCAUCCUCGGACCAAUCAUCACUAACGUUUCCAGCACAAACUACCACAUUGAUGGAAAAUAAGACCAAAUCAAAACAACACGAUAGUAUUUUUGAUACAGCAGAAAGUGAAAGUUUAAUUGAUGCAGCAAACAAUCGUAAUCAAGGACGCCGUCAAAAAUUAAAUCAGCCAGCAGUAAUCAAAAAGGACAUGGAUGAUAUUGGAGAUGAUGAUAUGCUGGAUCUGUUGGGACUUGGGGGUGGAAAAUCUAAAAAACUUGAUUUAAAGCCAGCGCAGACUGAUUCAGUAAUCAACACAUCUGCUUCAGCUACAUCAUCUUUGAUAGAAAAAGACACCUCAAUUCUCAAAUCACCAUCACCAAUUGCCAGCACACGGAGUUCAAAAGCUGUAUUUACGCCAUUUGUUCCAAACAAUUCAGUACCACUGAAAGUUGAAUCUGAUGGUUUGCAUGGAUUAGGACGCGAUAAGAAUGCAAGUCAGCAUAUCACUCUGCUACAACCCAAGAAUUCAAGUGAAAUGGUACCAACCUUAUCUUUUGCCGCAACUAAUCCUACAACUAAACCGAUCUCAAAUGAAUCCAGUAAAAAUGACAAUGAUGGUCUGCCAUCAUUUAUGCUUGAUAACAAACCAUUCGGUGGACGACGACGAGGACCUAAUUCAUCGGCACCAGUUAAUACCAACAUGUCUGAUCCUAUGAAUAUGAUUGCAGGACUAAUGAAAGGAUCGUCAGUAUUUGCAUCUCCUACUCAAACAGCUAUUGCACAUCCAACUCCACUUUCUUCAACACCUGUCAGUUUACCUUUUUUGACCGAUCGUCCCAAAGUAUUGAGCAAACCAGUGGAGAUUGAGCAAAAUCAAUCACCCCAAAACUUGCCAAUAGUAGAUUCCAAUUCAAAUAGCUGGACGCAGCCGCAGGUUUAUUCACAAAUUGACACUCAUAUACCGUUUUUACUGCCAGCCAAGGAGCAACAAACAUCACACAUUGCAGAAACGCUCAAAUCAGAUUCACUUUCAUCACUGGCAGUGCUUAGUGAUACCGACGAUGAUGAAUCAGAAAAAUUGGAUUUGGCUGUAUCCUCGAGUCAUAAAACACCAACCCCUCGGAUUCAAUCCACUGCAUUACAAACAACAGUCGUUUUAAAAUCACAGGAGCACCUUGAAAAUACCAAGAAAAAAUCUUUGGUAAACUUGUCUGUCGAAUCAUUGUCCGCAAAAAAAGCUACUCCAAAGAAACUCGAGAUUAUCAUGGAGAAUUUGCACAAGGCUGAACAAAAAAUUGAACAGCUCAAUGAACAGCUCGAUGAGGAGCGCAAACAUAGUGCAAUUUUACAAAUGGAAAUGAAAACAAAGCACGUUGACGAAGUUGAAGAAAUUAAAAGGAAACACAUCGAGGCAAUCCAGGAUCUCGAGGACAAACACAAAACUGAAAUGUCACAAGUAAAAGGCAAUAUUGAAAAUACCAAAAAAGAAUCUCAAACUGAAUUGGAAAAAGUUUGCACAGAAUAUGAAAGGAAAAUAUGUGAUUUAAAACAAGCUCAUUUAGACGAGAUGCAAAAGAUUGUUUCCAAUACUGAAAAUACUCGCCAGCUUGCUGAAUUGACGGAAAAGUUGGAAACAAACUCGAAUCUCAUUGGAGGUUUGCAAAGUCGAAUCCAUGGGGAUCAUUCCACAUUGCUUACAGAUAGAGAAAACGCAUUGAAAGAAAAAGAAUGUCUUGUUAAUGAUCAGUUGGAAGCUUUACAAAGAGAAAAACAAUGCAUAGAAAAUGAUAAAUCCAAGACGCUUGAAAUCAUGCAUAGAAUGGAAAUUGCAUUGAAAGAAACAACGUUUAAACAAGAACAAGACAUGUCCUUGAUCCAUAAAGAAAAAAUGCGAUUGAGUGCUCAGAUUGAACAAACUCAACAAGAAAAGUAUGAGCUAAUGUUAAAAUUGCAAAACGAUCAAACUGAAUUGAAUCAUAGCCGUGAUUCCUGGGAGCUUGAGCGAAGGACCAUGAUGGCUAGCUUAUCUGAUGAAAGAAAAAAGCUAGCCAGUAAAGCAGCACACGUAGCAUCUCUGGAACGUGCUAACCGCCAGCUUGAACAAGAGCUAUUGCUAUCAAAGUCUCGCUAUGAAGACGAGAAACACGUUGAACAAUUUACACUGCAAAGCGAAGUUCAAGCUUUACAGGAUGGUAUGGCCCAGCUUUAUCGAGAUCGAGCAGUUUUACGAGCUGAAAAGAUACGAGUUGAAGCUCUCAAAACUCGACUGAAAAUUGAAAAGAGUGUAGCUGAAGAAGAAAAAAGUUACAUGGAGAGCACGAUCCGAAAUGCAGCAUUGCUUCAUGGCGAAGCAUCACGCGAGAGAUUAAAACUCAUGGAGAUUCAGACCAAUGCAGACUUGAUCCAGCAACAAAUUCAAACAGGAAAGCAAGAAAUUGAGAGUCAGCGUAUUCAGAUCCAGGAAAAACAGAAAGACUAUAUAAAUAGUAGACUUGCAAUGGCACAUUCUAGAAACAAUGUAUUUCAAAGUGCUACAACACAUUCGCAGUUUAAUCAACCAAUGGCAGCAGUAGCACCUAACUAUGCAUGGCAGGAGCCCAUUCAACCAACACCAAUACCACCACAACAAGCUGUGCAGCAACCUAAAUACUCUCAGAUCCAAAAUACGCAGCAGACUUUACAAUCAGCCACGAAAUCAAAACGUCCAGAGCAAAUUGCACGCGAUCAUAUUGAUCAAGAAACAAUGCGAUCCAACGAAAAGGCAUUACUUCAAAAACUCAAUGUGUGCAUGAUUGGCUGGCACAGGGACAAGGAAGAGCAAUCCAUCCAAAAACAACGACUGUUUCUUGGAUUGCAAUGCUGA